AUGUCAAUACAUGAAGUACAAUCAUUUGAAUUGUUGACACAAGCCGAACAUGGAGAUGUGCAAGGAAGACAUUAUGAAUUUGAAAGGUAUUUGCCAACAUCACAUGACGUACAAGUACUACUAGUACCUGAACAUGUCUUACAAUUCGUAUCACAAAUUGAGCAAGUAGUUCCAAUGAUAAAAUAGUGAUCUUCACAAGUUUAACAUACAGAGUUAGAUGUGCAAGUAGCACACUAAGCAGGACAAGCUUAACAAUUUGAACCAGAUUUAAAAAAUUUAGGAAAGCAAGUUGAGCAAAUUUUUUAUAAUAUUAUGUUUAGACUACAAACUUUGCAUCCAUUUUAACAAGCAUUGCAUGAAAUAAUUAAAGAAUAAAAGCCUGGCUUACAUUCGUCACAUUUUGAUGCAUCGGGGCAACUUACACAAUUAGAUAUACAAUCUACACAUUAACCAUUAACUUCAACUUAUCCUUAAUUACAACUCCAAGUUACUAAAAUAGUUUAACGUGUCUUUACAUAAACAGUUCAUUAAAAUAAGGUAGAUUCUAAAUAUUUUGUCGGACAUUAAAAAAAUAAAUAAUAUAUUAGAAAUUGA